AUGGCGUCUGAAGGCGAGCCUGAUGAAGUCCGUGCAAUCAAGGCCCUCAUUCAGCGCGACUACAACAUCAGGGAGACCUCUGACAGGAUGAGGCAAUGGUGUAGUGAUCGCUUCACUGCAGACAGAUGGCUAGACGAGAACGAGCGAGAAUGGUAUGCUUUGGACCGACUCUGUCGAUCUCGACCGUGGGCCACCAACCGGGAUAAGGCCUUUCCUUAUCCGUUUCGCGAAGCCUCCGAACGUAUGAUGCAGAUCGAAGGUCACUGGGUGGGUGGCUUGCGGCCACCAGCCAGGGUCCUGCGAAGAGAGAUAAAUUGUCCAGUCGUCACCCAGGUGUGUGUACCACCGAUCUUUCCUCCUGAGCAUCGCGUUCUUCUUUUCGCCCCGGAAUUCGGGACAGACCAGUCUUUUGAUGUAGACUUGUGGAGCUAUUUGGAGCCAGAAGACUGUGUAGAUCUCUCAGUGGUUUGCUGGCAGGGAUGGUCGGACUUCAGCAUCAUGAUAGAAGACGUCCUCAAUAAGGUGCUUGCCUUUGGGGAUGGGGUCAACACCGUGUGGUUUGGUCAAGGCGCAGGCGCCUUAGUGGCAUACGAGCUGUUGAAGAUCAUCGAAACAAGGCAAAUUCAAUCUCCUAAUUUGCCAGUUGCUCUCGUUGUCUCUGAUUGCCCUGCGCCGCAUAUUUUUUCCACAACAUAUCGGCCGUAUACGGCUGAAAAUUGGGCAGAGCGGGUGGCCGCCUAUACGGAUGCAGAGCAGAGAAGUAUUCAGGAGGUGGUCUCCACAAUGCGGUCGUACAAGUUCGCCCACCACAGUCGGAAAGUCCUGGUGCCAAUCAUAGCAUGCUGUCAUGGGUCGGCCCUAGCUGAUCCCACGGCCAUGAAGGCAUGGGCGGAGUACGGGCAAGACUUCAGAAUUGAGGAUUUGAGUGGAACUUUGGACCUGGAGCAUGAUUGGUAUUUGGAGGGCUUUGGGCCCUCAACGAAACCUGAACCCAUGCUACUUAGUAUGAUCUCCAAGACAUGCCAAGACUUCUGCAGGUGGAAUGAAGAGGUUUUUCCUGACAUCGGGCCACUGGAGGGAUCGAUUCCUAACCAAGUGGACUGUGUCAUCGUUGGAGCUGGCAUCGCAGGCAUUUACCAGGCCAAAGUCAUGGCAGAGACCGGGAAGUCAUUUGUUGUCUUCGACCGGUACCACAAGAUUGGCGGGGUUUGGGAAUUCUAUGGGAAUGAUUCCUCUCGAGUGAACACGUCUGAGAUUGGAUAUAGAAUCUUGGAGAAGAAAGGUCAAUGGGCAAGGCCAAAUGAAGAUCAUACCCCACGCCGGGACAUCAUGCGAGACAUCUACGAGAUAGCAAGCACGUUUGCUUACGAUAAGAUUCGUUGCCAGACGAACGUGCAGAAGGUGGAGAAGCAAGUGGAUGGGACGUAUUUAGUAGAGGUGCAGACACUUGCGGACUCAAAGAAGCAUGUGGUGAAAACGAAAGCAGUAAGCUUCCAAGUGAACCGCCGCAUUGGGAAGGGUCGCAAAGUUGACUGGCAGGACUCCGAGAAAUUCAAAGGGACAAUUUGCUAUGGCUAUGGCAAUGAGCCAUGCCAGCUCGACUUUUGGAACAAGCGUGUCCUUGUUGUUGGAGCUGGUGCAUAUGCUUUUGAAAAUGUCAGAACGUCUGUUGAGCAUGGCUGCAGACAUGUGACUUUGCUUGGGCGACGUGAUGGAACAACUUGCCCCAAGUGGAUUGACAUGCUGGCCUUUUUGCGGCCGCUGGAUGAAAACUUGCAAACCAACAAGGCUGGCAACAUGAUCAGCUUUGAGGUUUGGCAAAAGUGCUACAAGGAUGCUGGAGUCAGAACUCCUUCAUGCUGGGAAGAAGGAUUGUUGAAGCCGCACAAUCAUACCAUCUCUGUGUCAGAUCUUGCAUUCAUCGGUGGUUACCAUGGUCUCGUAGAUCUUCGUGUCGGCGAAAUUGCCCGGAUAUGUGAUGAUGGUGCAGGCGUUGUUCUAAAGGAUGGCUCUGAAAUUGAAUGCGAUACUAUCAUCAAAUGCACUGGUUUCCACUUGAACGAUGAGCUGCCUGAGGUAGUGGGCACUUCAAAAAUGCACUCCUACGGUCUCAUCGACUACAAUUUGAAUUACCAGGCUGAGCCCUUGCUUGACCAGGGUCAGUUUGGCAGCUCAAAGGCAACAGAUGCCGAAGCCGAGACACCUGCUUUGAGAGAAAUUAACGAGCUAGUUCAGAAGCCGGAGUUCUUGAGGGGGCUCCAAGUCUACAAGACAUUUGGUCUCGACGAGACACUUCUCAAACCACAAGGGAACCCGUUUGGCUCGGGCCAGGGUGGCCCAAUCGAUUGUUUGUCCUACUAUUUUGCUUGGCUGGUCGACCAUCCAGCAGAGCAGGCCGCAUUGCUAAAACACAGUGGGGCACCAGCUCAGGAAAUGGUAAUGUUGUGGUCUAGUGCGAUUGGCCAAAACAACAGCGCAACUUUGGUCAGGCUAAUCAGCGCUCUUGCUGCCUUAGGAAAAGAUCAGAGUUAG